AUGACCGAGGGGGCGGGCAGGCCAAGGCCCGCGCCGCCCCGGAAACCUGACUCCUUAACCCUCGCAUGGCCCCCCUGGGAAGACCCUCCGCCACCGGCCCCGGAACUGAUCAAACCUAUGUCCUUAAACUCUACCGACUUCGGCGGGUUUUCUCCGUACACGCCACCUGCUCCCAUCCAGCCUGACAGGCGUCCGAGAAGACCCCAGAGCGUUGUGUCCCCACGACAGAUCCCGCCAGUCCCAAGGAGACCCCAUUCGAUCGGUUCCGUGGACGAUGAGUGGUCGGUGCCCAUACUGCAGCCGGUGCCGAGGCGGCCGGUGCCCAAUCUCACGUUACCGCGCGCGAAUUAUAAUCUACCGUCCUCGAGAAGUGAUUAUCAGUUACAAAGGCCAGCUAUUAUGACGAACGGUUAUGGCGCUGUGCCGCCAAAUACGUCGCGUAGACUGUCUUUGCCUGGAGUGCAAAAUGCGCCUAAGUUAUCUGCAACGUUCCAUGGGCUCUCUGGGCUCAUGGGGCCCACGCCCUCGCUGGGCACCCCUGGCACACCCAGCACACCAGCAGCUGUGAGGGAGGCUGUACGCCAUCUGCUGCAGCAGCCAAGAAACGGCUUCCCCAUCAUGGACCAUAAACUCUCCCUCUUCAUCGACAUACUAGAUGCCCAGGAGAAGUUUUCGCAGGUCGUUAGCAGUCUAUUUAAAAAGGUC